AUGUAACUUUCAAUUGACCCUAUAUUUGAGAAAAUCGACAACCCAAGUCUCAAUUCUAUUAGACUUGAUAAGAAAUACUCUGUGCUUUCAUUAGAUGGAGGCGGUGUUAAAGGAUUAAUGACUUGCAGAGUUCUUGAAAAAAUUGAGCAAGAAUUCAGACUGAGCACUGGCAACCGUAAUUUCAAGAUUAUUGAUGCUUUUGAUUGCGUCAUUGGGACCUCUGUCGGAGGUCUAAUUGCAGUCGCUUUAGUCGCUGGCUAUAGUGCCAAGAAACUUGCUCACGCCAUGUCUAGAAUGAUGCCUCAUAUCUUCUAAGAUGAGUUUGACAUUACAGAUAUUCUCGAUAACUUCAAUGAUAAAGUACUCAAAAUCCCAAUUCAGAGCAAACAGCUGAUCACAGUGGGUUAUAAUGAACAAGGUCUUGAGGAGCAACUGAGAAAAUAUUUAUUCUCAGAAAAUCCAGAUGACUUUGUAUAUGGAGAUCCAAAAUCAUCAUCUAUACUUAGAGGUCUUGGAGACAAGGCUACUUUGUAAGAUCUGAAAGAAAGAAAUCCCAGAGUCAGACUUUUACUUACUGCAGUCAAUGUUCAUCAAGAUGAGAUCAAUGGCCCAAUGUACUCCCCAAGAAUUUUCGAUACUGAGAACCCAGAUGAUCUUAGCAAAACUAUCCUUUCAGUGUCUAGAGCAACAUCGGCUGCUCCUACAUUCUUCAAGCCCUCUGAGGUAUUUGAUAAAAUUCCAGUGACACUCGCUAACCUCAGACCCCUAUAAGAAGGAUUAACUGAAAAAGAAAAGAAAUAAGUCCCCGAGUAAAAAAAUAGAGUGUUUGUUGAUGGAGGACUCUUCGCUAAUAAUCCAGCUUCAUGGGGACUUCUACUUGCUUCAACUAAAGUUAAGAUUGAAAAUAUUAGAAUGCUCUCAAUCGGUACUAGCUACCCCAAAUUAGAGACAAAUACACCUCAUGGGUGCUGUGAUGACGCAGGUAACAUUCUCGAUGUCAAAAGAUACUUAAGAUCAGCCCUCGAUAAGGUACUUGAAUUGAUACAUGUCAAAGAAGAUGGCAAGGUCAAGACUGGUCUACUUUCAGGAAGCCUUUAAGCUUUGAACAUGGUUGCUCUUGACUUGUAAAAGACCUCUGAAUAAAUACUUGAUCUCUUCAAACCAAUCAUGGGUGGACAAUACUUUAGAUUUAAUCCACCUACCCCUAACGAAAUAGGUAUUGACAACCCUGAAAAAAGAGGUUUAAUGAAUCACUCAGUUGAGCAAUAUUUUGAAGGUGCUGACGUCAGAAAAAGAACUAAGCAAGCAGUUGAAUGCUUGCUUAAAGAAGAGGACUAUCAAGUAAAGGUAGUUGCUUAAUUAAGAAGUGCUCUAUCUCUUCUGGAAUAUGCUAAUCAUUUAGACUAAAAACCCUCUGAUGAGGUCAUAUAAGAAUAAGCAGCAUUUGCAAGACUUAUUCAAUAGCAAUUUGCUAGUGUCAAAGUCUCAAAGGAUUAAGUUUAAAAGGCUGCUGAUUAAGUGAAGCAUGAAUUCUCUCUUUAUACCGAUGAUGUUUGUGAUCAUCUGGAGGUGAAAGAAGAAGAAGAUGGGCCUUCUACCUAAUCUUCUUCUAAUUAGAGCAGUGAUACUGUCUAAUAGGAGGAAGAGAAGAAGGAUUAGCAAUCAGACUCAUCAAAGGCUGGCUAAUAAAAGCAACCGCAACAGAAGAAUCAGUAGAAUUCAACUGAGACAAAAGAUUAAGAAGUGAAGCCAAAAGAACAACAAUAACAGCAACAAGAAUAAUAAAAUUAAAGUAGUUAAUGA